AGGUCCUACACUUCCUGAAACUUGCAAAUACUGAGCAGGUCCUGAUCGGGCAUUUGGUACUAAGGAGAUUACAUGAGGAGGAGCUGAUCCAGUUGUCUCCUCUUCUCCUGAAUAAUCCCCCAAGGAUGGAGAAGGACAGUAAUGAGAUGACUAAGAGAAUAUUACACUUCACCUUGGAGAUCAUCCACCUGCUGACCGGAGAGGAUUACACCAUAGUGAAGAAGACAUGGGGGGAGUGUGUGGCCCCCAGUAGCCAUCUCCAAGAGUCAGGAGGACGGAGCAGGGCCCGGGGCCCCAUCAUGGAGCCUCCACCUCACUCACCGAUACAUGAGGAGAAGAUCCUAGAGCUCACCCACAGGAUCACUGAGCUGCUGACUGGAGAGGUUCCUAUAAGGUGUCAGGAUGUGGCGGUCUAUUUCUCCAUGGAGGAGUGGGAGUAUGUAGAAGGACACAAGGAUCUGUACCAGGACAUGAUGGAGGAUCACCGGCCCCUCACAUCACAAGAUGGAGUCAUUGAUAGAAAUCCACCCGAGAGGUGUCCCCGCCCUCUGUAUUCCCAGGACUGUCCAGAGGGAAAUGUCCCAGAGAAGCAUCAGGAUGAUUACCUGACUAUUAUUAAAGUGGAGGAUGAAGAAGAGAGGAUGAGGAGCAAUCACCUGUGUAUGAGGGAAGUGAAGGAGGAAAUUCCAGGAGGUGUUACCCCAGGGAAUCCCAGUAAGAAUUCUGAGGGGAACGUCAUGUUAUCCCUGAAUGAUAAAGGAGAAGAUGGAGAGAUCAUGGAGCGCUCUUCACGAGAAGAUGGAGAGAUCAUGGAGCGCCCCUCAGGAGAAGAUGGAGAGAUCAUGGAGCGCUCCUCAGGAGAAGAUGGAGAGAUCAUGGAGCGCUCCUCAGGAGAAGAUGGAGAGAACAUGGAGCGCUCCUCAGGACAAGAUGGAGAGAUCAUGGAGCGCUCCUCAGGAGAAGAUGGAGAGAUCAUGGAGCGCCCCUCAGGAGAAGACCUCCUUACCCCUAAUCUCCAUCAAGAUCUAUUGCAUAAUAAUCCCCCUGAUCAUGAGGAACCUUCUCCUGACCAACCACACAUUGUUACCACAAGUAGAGAUCAGAAAGGGGUGAAAAAGUUUGAAUGUGAUGAAUGUGGAAAAAAGUUUGCAAAAAAAUAUCUUCUUAAACACAGGAGAAUUCACACAGGAGAGAAGCUGUAUUCAUGUUCAGAAUGUGGGAAAUGUUUAACAACUAAACAAGCUCUAGUUUUACAUGAGAGGACUCACACAGGAGAGAAGCCGUAUUCAUGUUCAGAAUGUGGGAAAUGUUUUACAUCUAAACAAAGUCUAAUUAUACAUGAGAAAAUUCACACAGGAGAGAAGCCAUAUUCAUGUUCAGAAUGUGGGAAAUGUUUUAUAGAUAAAUCACAUCUUGCUAGACAUGAGAAAAGUCAUACAGGAGAGAAGCUGUAUUCAUGUUCAGAAUGUGGGAAAUGUUUUAGAGAUAAAUCACAUCUUGUUACACAUGAGAGAAGUCAUACAGGAGAGAAGCCAUAUCCAUGUUCAGAAUGUGGGAAAUGUUUUUCACGUAAAUCACAUCUUGUUGUACAUGAGAAAAGUCAUACAGGAGAGAAGCCAUAUCCAUGUUCAGAAUGUGGGAAAUGUUUUAGAGACAAAUCAUAUCUUGUUGAACAUGAGAGAAGUCACACAGGAGAAAAGGCAUAUACGUGUUCAGAAUGUGGCAAAUCUUUUCCACGUAAAUCAAAACUUGUUUUACAUGAGAGAAUUCACACAGGAGAGAAGCCAUAUUUAUGUUCAGAAUGUGGCAAAUCUUUUUCACGUAAAUCAUAUCUUGUUUUACAUGAGAGAAUUCACACAGAAGCAAAAGCAUAUACGUGUUCAGAAUGUGGGAAAUGUUUUACAUAUAAAUCAAAUCUUACUACACAUGAGAGAAUUCACACCGGAGUGAAGCCAUAUUCCUGUUUAGAAUGUGGGAAAUGUUUCACGAGUAAAUCAGAUCAUAUUAGACAUGAAAAAUGGCACACAGGAGAGUAUUCCUGUUCAGAAUGUGGGAAAUGUUUUUCAAGAAAAUUAGAUCUGGUUUCACAUGAGAGGAUUCACACAGGAGAGAAGCCGUAUUCAUGUUCAGAAUGUGGAAAAUGCUUUUCAAGUAAACCAAGUCUUCUUAUACACGAGAGAGUUCACACAGGAGAGAAGCCAUAUGCAUGUGCAGAAUGUGGGAAAUGUUUUGCUGAUAAAUAUACUUGUGUUAGACAUGAGAGAAAUCAUACAAGGUAGCUGCCAUUUUGAUGGAGUAUAUGGAAAAUGUUUCAUAAGGAAAACACAUUUUAAAGUCAUCAGGCUAUGUGAACAAGCUGUAUUUCAGGCUGUUUAUUUAGACAUAAAACAUCUAAAAACGUCUAACUUUCACAAGAUCCAGAAAUUUACUUUUUUUGGGGGGGAAUUGGAUUGAAAUCGAUAAAACGUCCGUCUGGUCUCAUUCAUUAUAAUUUUAAGUCCACAAUUAUAACAGACAGAAUAUUUAGUGGCAGGGCUAAAAUCUGAAUUUUGGGGCUGCUGAAAGUCUGAGCCCCUACCCAUCCCCGAGUUCCCCGCUAUCUUCCCCAUUGUUUAUGUAGUUACAUCUACGGACUCACAGGAAGCGUCUUUUUGGAGUCGUUCUCUUUUCUUCUCUGUCUGGCCCAGACCGUCAUGAAGUCUUCUUCUGAACAUAACUCGUCUCCAUAGAAUGUGCCAGAAAGCAUACAAGCUCCACACUUUUUUGGCACCUUUUCCCUACCUGUCCCCUACCUUCAGUGCCCCAAAUAAUGCCCCCAUUGGUGCCCUGCAUAGUAUGAGGGAGUAAUUGUUUUGGGGGGGGAAGGAUAUGGGGAUUGGGUGGUGGUAGGUAAGUAAUUUCCCCUCCUCUAUUAUGUAAUGCCUCUAGUAGGUAGGUAGAGAAGCCCCCAGUGGGUGGUCAGGUAAUGCUCUCAGGUAUAUAAUGCCCUAGUAGGUAGGUAGUAGAUGAUCCCUCUCAGUAGGUUGUAGGUAAUGCCCCAAGUAGGUAGGUAGUGCCACCCAGGUAGGUAGUGGAAUGAUAAAAGUGGGCUCCUCUGGAUAAGGCGCUGGUCCCCAGGUAUUAAAAUAAAGUAUUUAUUUGCAACGAGUUUCGUUCCCGGACAGGGAUCUUCAUCAGGCAUACAGUUUACAGGAAAAAGCUAUUCAUUUAUAUGGAUAGUUCUGAUGACCACUUCCAGAAAAUGGCCGUGUGCAAAGUUGCAGGUAAAACCUUAAAAAUGUACUGUGCAUAAAUCUAGAAAUAUAUAAAAUCAGAAUAAAAAAUACUCAGAAACAGAAUAAAGAUAUAUACGAUGUUCUUGGUAUAAAAAUACAAUCAUACAAAACUCAUUCAUUUCGGCAGGAAUAUCUGAGUUGCACAGUCAGUACCGUAAAAGCACCAGUAGAUGGCGAUCUUUUAUUGCAGUAAAUGCCAACUGCAGGAUAUUAACAUCUGAAUGACCAGUAGCUAGAUGGCGCGCAGAAGAAGCAGCAUCACAAUAGGAUCGUCAGAUAGUGUCCGGUCCUGCGCAUACACCCUCCGAGGGAU